GGUGGCAUGGGCAUUGUAUGGUUCAUAAUAUUUACCUUCCUUUGCUACAGCGAUCCGACGACACAUCCAUUUAUUAAGCCCAGCGAAAAGCAAUAUCUAACCAAACAUAUGGGCACCAUUGGACGUAACAAGAAUCUGGCACCCACACCAUGGAAGGCUAUACUUACUAGCUUGCCAAUGUGGGCGCUGAUAUCGGCACAAAUCGGUCACGAUUGGGGCUUUUACAUUAUGGUUACUGAUUUGCCCAAAUAUAUGGCGGACGUUAUGCAAUUCUCCAUCAAAGCCAAUGGUCUCUACUCUUCACUGCCAUACGCUGUAAUGUGGAUAUUUUCGCUGAGCUCCGGCUGGGUUGGCGAUGUCUUAAUCACUCGCAAGAUUAUGAGCAUCACAAAAGUACGCAAAAUGAUGACUGGUUUGGCCGCCUUUGGUCCAGCGAUCUUCAUGGUUGCCGCUUCAUAUGCGGGUUGUGAUCGUGUUGUAGUCGUGACGCUCUUCACCAUUUGUAUGGGUCUUAUGGGUGCUUUCUAUGCAGGCAUGAAGCUAACACCACUCGACAUGAGUCCCAACUAUGCGGGUACAUUGAUGGCAAUAACUAAUGGCAUUGGCGCGAUUACAGGCGUGGUUUCGCCAUCCUUAGUCGGUUUGAUGACACCAAAUGCCUCGCUGCUCGAAUGGCGUACCGUUUUCUGGGUUGCAUUCGCCAUACUUUUCGUCACUGCCAUUGUCUACGUUAUCUGGGCGUCGGGUGAGGUGCAGGACUUCAACGAUCCACCGCGUAAGAUCGAUUUCGAAGCGGAGGAGAAGGAGAAAACAGCUGAUGGCGCGCAAAUUGAACGCUACGAAACAAGUGAAAUAACCGAUAAGCUGUGAAGCUGUGCAGCGUGAAGAAGACUGUAAAGACACGUGCCCAGCUGUAAUUCGUUCUAUUUGAUAGCAAAAAAAAAACACGAAUAUUUGUGCGCGCGGGUUUCGCCAUAGCUGCCAGCUGAACUGUGGAAGCAGUGAAAGAAUUAAAAAAAAAAAAUAUAUAGAAAAAAAAAGAA